AUGAAUAAUUUUAUUUUCAGCAAUUAAACGAGGUUUAUAAUAUUUUAUUUAAUAAACUAUUUAGACCAUAACCUAAUAUAUAAAAUUAGAAUGAAUUGGCAACAAUAAUAAUUGACCCAGCCACUAGAUUAUCAUAACUUAUAAUACUUUUAAUAUUUACAAAUGCAUAUAUAUUAAUUUACACAACUUAUUUGAUGCUAGAUUAUGAGCUAAUUGUACUGAUAGUAUUCUAUUGGAUUAUUGACAUAAUAGUGAUUUUAACACUGUCAAUUUUGAAAAUCAAGUUAUUAUUUAAUAAAUAUAAUAGGUAUAAAAUUACAGUAGGUAAUCUUUUGAUUGAUACAUUUUUGGCAGCUAUUUUUAAAACCACAAUUCUGAUAAACUUUACAUACUCUGAACUAGAUAUCCAAUAUUUUAGUUAUGUUAUUAUGGCCUAUUAUUUCAUAAGAUCUGUGGUAAUCAAUAUUAGGAAAAUUGCAAUCAAUGAAAAUAUAACAUAAUACUCUUUUGUAUAAUGAUAUUCAUUAUAUCUUAGCUUGUUUAAGGUGUAAAAAUCUUAUUAGUACUUUAAUUGAUGUUAAUAACCAUGAGAUGGAAAUGUACAAUUUAUUGGAGUUGGUAUACAACAUUUAGUGUUGCAUGGGGUUUAUUAGUUAUAUGUUUUAUUGUUCAUUUUGUAUUUUUACUUUCAAUAGGUGAAACAUUAAUAGAUUAUUAUAAAAAGAAAACAACUAAAACAUAAUUAGUAGGUGGCAUUUGGUUAACUUUUUAUUUAUGUGGAUUUAGCGGAAUUCCUAUGUGGUUUUGUUAUAUAUUAUGUUAAAACCAAGAGGCAAAGAAUUUUCCAACAUCUGAUUAAGCAACUCUAUUAUGCAUAUUGAUUAUUUCUUAUAAUCUUUCUCUUCUAGUGAUUACUGCAGUAUGUAAAGCUUAACUUACGUAAAAAACUAUUAUCAUUCUAAAUUUAGGUAAUUUAUUAAAGAUAUGGGAUUUGAUAUUGAAAUUCCUUAAGAGCCAGUUGUCCAAGAGGAAAAAUUACCUUAUCAUUUUCUUAAAAUAUCCUUACCAUAAAAAUUAAUAUAAAUAUCUUCAACUUACUUUGAUUUCUCUUUAGAGUAAAAUAAACAAUUUAAAUAAUAAUAACAUGUUUCAAAUAGUAAUUUCAGUGUUGUAAAUCAAAAAGCUAGACUCAAAGCUUUUGAAUUUAUGGCCAAAACUGAAUAAAUUAAUUCACCAGUAGAGAGAGAAUCAGGACUUGUAAAAAAUGAAGAAAAAUGUUAAGUUUGUUUUGAUAAUGAACCUUAAAUUGUAAUGCUCCCUUGUUAACAUGGUGGUAUCUGUGAUGAUUGUCUUUAAAAAUGUCUAAAGAAAUCACCUAAUUGUUACUUAUGUAGAAAGGUAUCUUAUGUAUAUUUAUAAAGAAAAUUCAAAAACUGCUUAGAGUUUCUAAAGAGACUUCUGGGAAAUUUGCAAUAAAUGACAUUGCAUUAUGUGAUGCAUGAAAUUAAUACUCUAUUAAAAUGCGC